AUGUCAUCGUUAACAGAAGCACUUAAAAAACUACUCAAUGAAAAAGUGUCUUUCCCAAGUCUUUUAAAGGGCCGAGAAAUCCAUGAUCGUAACGAUGCCAAAAAUACUAUGGGAGCAGCUAUCAAAAACUUGAAAAAGAAAAAAGAAAUAAUAUCACAAGUAGAAGAUCUUGAAAAAGAUUGGCAAGAUUUUUUGAACUCUACGGAAGCCGAUGUUUUCUUUGAGUCU